GGAGAGAAAAAUAUUGGCAGCUUGGCUAGGGAAAUGGGGUGUUGGGCUGGGCGCUUUACUUUUUGAGCCGCCCGGUUUUGUCGUACUCGUCUCCUCCGCCCGUCCGCUGCCUUCCCCCGUCCGCCCUAUUAUCCCCCUCCUGUGCCCUCUCCCCUUGUGCCUCACACACCACCGCGCGCUAGUUCUCCAUCGCUCUAGACUUCUCCUGCGCCCUCCUCUCCUCCUCUUACUCCCGAGCACUACCGUUGUUUCUUUCCCACUUGGCUGUUACAGGCGGAGGUGGGGAUUUGGAUUGGAGGCGAGGGGAGUUCUUGGCCCCAGGGAGAUCGGGGGCGGGUGGGUGUCGCGUCCUCGCCGGGCUCGGUAGAGCGAGAUCGUUCGGCUGCUCUUGGUGCGGCCCGGCAUCAGGGGCACAUGCCGUGAGCAAAGGCGAAGGCUUUGUCGCCCGAGGGAGAAAUCUUGCAGCAGGAGCAGCCUCUGAAGCCGGUGGUGCGGUAGCCUAGCCGAGCAGCGGCGCCCGGCCCCCUCAGCGCUGACCGCCAUGGCCGGCAGCGACGAGGUCAACCGCAACGAGUGCAAGACGGUGGUGCCGCUCAACACAUGGGUGCUCAUCUCCAACUUCAAGGUGUCGUACAACAUGCUCCGGCGGCCGGACGGCACCUUCGACCGCGGCCUCGCCGAGUUCCUCGACCGCCGGGUGCCGCCCAACGCGCGGCCCGUGGAGUGCGUCUCCUCGUUCGACCACGUCAUCGACUCGUCCGUCGGCCUCGAGGUCCGCAUCUACCGCGCCGUCGCUAACAACGGCGCCGGCGCCGGCGCCGGGGCCGAGGGCGCGGCCGCGGUCACCCUACCCAUCCUGGACUUCCUCACCGGCGCGCCGUCCCCGGACCCGUUCCCGGUCAUCCUCUUCUUCCACGGCGGCAGCUUCGCGCACUCGUCCUCCAGCACGGCCAUCUACGACCACCUGUGCCGCCGGUUCGUGAAGCUGAGCAAGGGCGUCGUGGUGUCUGUCAACUACCGCCGCGCCCCCGAGCAUCGCUACCCGUGCGCCUACGACGACGGCUGGACCGCGCUCAAGUGGGCCUUGUCCCAGCCGUGCCUCCGCAGCGGGGAGGACUCCCGGCUCCGCGUGUUCCUCUCCGGCGACAGUUCCGGCGGCAACAUCGCCCACCACGUCGCCGUCCGCGCCGCCGACGAGGGGAUCAAGAUUUGCGGCAACAUCCUGCUGAACGCCAUGUUCGGCGGCCGCGAGCGCACCGACUCGGAGCAGCGGCUGGACGGCAAGUACUUCGUUACUCUCCAGGACAGGGACUGGUACUGGAAGGCGUACCUGCCCGAGGACGCCGACCGGGACCACCCGGCGUGCAAUCCGUUCGGGCCGAACGGGCGGCGGCUCAAGGGGCUCCCCUUCACCAAGAGCCUCAUCAUCGUGUCGGGGCUGGACCUCACCUGCGACCGGCAGCUGGCGUACGCCGAGGGCCUCCGGGAAGACGACCUCGACGUGAAGCUCGUGUACCGUGAGAAGGCGACGGUGGGCUUCUACCUGCUGCCCAAUACGGACCACUACCACGAGGUCAUGGAGGAGAUCUCGGACUUCCUCAAAGCUAACCUCUAGUACAUAACACAGCUGCUGAUCAAACUCAUCGUCGUUGUCAUCUCGACACACACUUCAUUUCUUAUAGCAAGAUGGUAAGCUUGACUUAUAAUAGUAUCUCUUAUACUCUGCUGCUUGGGGAUCAUCUGAAGUCCGGCGAUGGCAAGACUCAUUUGCUGUCCAUGGCAUGCGCACUCAACACUCUAGAGAGGAGCUCCACACUCUAAUGAUGGUGACUUGUUUCGUCAUCGUCGGAUGAAGUUGUUUCGCUAAUCGUUCUGCUGAUCGGCUCGGUGCAAGCUUGGAUCCUUCAUCUGUGUCCAUGGAUUGCGAGUGCCUCCAGCGGUAUGUGACUUGAUUGAUGGAGAGAAGCUUAUUAUUUCGCCAUGGAUCGACCUCUCUGCUUAUCUGGGGAGGAGAUGAAAUUCAUAUAACAUUCAGUGUACAGUAAUGGAUCAACAAGAAGGUGGAUGACCCUUUUUGUUGUUGUGUUGAUGUAGUAGUUUCUCAAUCUACUGGAUUGGAUGGUGCCUCUCUUGCUCAUUUUCAAUCUAUCUACCCAUGUUGUGAAACAAAAAUAUGCGAUGGAUGUUUCCAAACUAGGCUAGUAGACAUAAAAGAUGUACUGCCCUGCCCCUCUUUUGUUUUCCCUCGGUCCUCUGACCCUUUCUGUAUACAUGCUGCUGAAGUGCUAAUGUUGUAAUGCGUGUACUUUGAAUACCUGGUUUUCUCCA